AUGGCCAGUGAAAUCGACAUCUACAACCAAUACCCCCUGCACCUGGACCCAGCCUCCAAAGCACUAAGCCUCCCCAGCUCCUCCGCCCAAACCGCCACGCAAACCACCACAAUCAACACCGAGCUCCAAGAACUAAACCAGUUACACCGCGCCCUCAUCAGCCUCGACAGCCCCAACAUCCCACCGCCCCCGCUGCCCGUCAACCCGAAGCGCAGCGCACAGAUCACCAAGCUGCGCGACAGCGCCAACGCCGCCUACCGCAAGUCCAACAACGCCGAGGCCGUGCGGCUGUACACGUAUGCCAUUGAGAUGGCGCUCAGCCGGCCCGGGUGGGAGCCCGUGACGCUGGCGCGCGACGAGCUCGCGGGUCUGUAUGCCAACCGCGCGCAGGCGCAUAUGGCGCAGCAGGCGUGGCCUGAGGGCUUGGUGGAUUCCAAGGCUAGUGUUGAUUCGAAGGGGGUGGGGAAUGUUAAGGCUUGGUGGCGGCUGGCCAAGUGUCUUGCUGAAAUGACUCGCUAUGAGGAGGCUCGCUCGUUGGUGUUGAAGGCGCUGGAGAUCGAGGGGCGGGAGUCGGAUGGUGGGAAGGAGUUGUCGGGGUUGUUGGAGGAUGUUGAUCGUGCUUUGGAGCGUCCGGCUGCCUCUUAG